CUCAGCUCUUCGAUGCUCGGCUCCCUGACAAGGAGUCUGACUCCUCGCAAAUAGCCUGCAGCCUCGCGAGAUAGGCUGGGCAGGCUCUCUUGUUUUCGGAGACAAUAGUCAGUAUAUUUGUCCCUUCGACACCGAUCUCGCCGCGUCAUGGUUUCAGAGGACCUCCUAAAUAUGUGUCCUGCAAUCGGCCAUGGACGUCGGCGACCGCGGAGGUGGAGGCGGCGACGCAAGAGUUUCAAGUGUCGGGUUGAUUCAAUGGCUGCUCCCUGAAUUAAUCUACACGGACUACGUACUGGGGAAAGGUAAAGACGCGCUGUCGCUCUGUGGUUGCGGACCCAUAUGUAAUACAGCUGUACGAUUCGGUUUGAUCGAAUCCAUUUGGGGGUGUGCCGUUUCAAAUUUUCCGCCGGGAAAGUGUGGUAAGCACAACGCCGAUAUCCCUCCACUAGACACCUGGGAGACUAGCCGCAGAGAGGCGUAGAGCACACGAUCGUAGACCGGUCCGACGGCGCCCGAAGAGCGUUCGAAUGGAAAUGGAUGUCCCACCCACGAACACGCUGAUCCUGGGUCUGACGUGGACCAGCAGCUUCGGAUUCUCGGUGGC